AUGGCAUCAUUAUGUGAUACAAUGCGUCGUCAAAUAUUAUCACGUGCAUUUUAUGGUUGGCUUGCGUAUUGUCGUCAUUUAAAAACUNAUCUAGUAGAAAAUCGUCAAAAAGAUGGUGAAGUGAUAGCAUAUAGCUGUUUUUGUUAUUUAAUGAAACGUCUUUUACCAAAUUUUCCGCAUGGAGCUGGUAUGGAUGAACAUUUUGGUCAUAUGCGUUCAUUAUUACAAAUUCUUGAUUUUGAACUUUAUGAACAUAUCCAUCGUACAGGAGAUUUUACGCAUUUCUAUUUUUGUUAUCGAUGGUUUUUAUUAGAUUUUAAGCGUGAAUUUAUUUAUGGCGAUAUCUUUUUGGUAUGGGAAACAAUAGCUGCUGCUCGACGAACAGUUUCUAAAAGAUUUGUUCUAUUUAUUGCAUUAGCUAUGUUAAAAACUUAUCGAGAAAUUAUAUUAGAUAAUCGAAUGGAUUUUACAGAUAUUAUCAGAUUUUUUAAUGAAAUGGCUGAACGUCAUGAUACUCGUGAAAUUUUACGUAUAGCAAGAGAAUUAGUGCUUGAAUUACAAAAUUUGGUUGAUAAUAAAUAA